CAUGGACGGUGGGAUGUCGAUAACACGUCGUGGUGGGCGGGCAGCGGGUUCGACAUCGUCGCGACCAACCUCACGACAGUCGCCGUCAUCUGUGGCAACCUGAACAGCAAAAACCUUCCCGUUGGCGUGAGCAUCAACUAUGCCACUUACGAAACUCACAUCUUCAAUGCUGGACUCAAUCGCAUCCCAAUUCCUGCCGGCACCAAUAGUCAACGUACGGUCAUUCGUUUCGCGGUGGAAGCGUGGGAAUUUGCCAACCUACACCUUCUUUCCAUCAAUCUAAACGAAGGCGCAGUCGCUGUGCCAUACAAGUCACAGAAGCUGAAGUUUCAAUUCAUUGGUGAUUCUCAUUCGAGCGGACAGUACUGCAAACGAGGAGUGAUUGACUGCUUCGACUGGAUCGUGGCAGAGGAGCUGAGGGCGGAAAAGGAUGUCAAUGCACAGCCUGGGGCUGCGCUAACGGACAUUGAAUGCUGGGGCAACGUGCAUGGCCUCUCGUUCCAGUUCUUCAAGACAGAAGACACGCGAUAUUACUACAACCAGAAGCAUAACUACGUGACCGACUGGGAUUUCUCUCGCGAUGACCCCCCGACGCAUCUCGUUAUCUUUGUUGGUGCUAACGAUGGGAGCGAGCGAUACAACGUUCCCGUCGAAGAGUUCACGGAGACCUAUAAGAAGUUCGUUGAUCUACUACGAGAGAAGUACUACAAGGAUCAGCCGAUAUUCAUAUUCACCAAUUGGGGCAAGUUCAAGGAGACAGGCGCUAUGCGAUCAUACUAUGACAACCCGUCACCCUAUCACGCUGUGCAGGCGCACCGAGUCGCGCUCGGUGAUCAGAACGUGUUUGUCGUCGAUACCCACGGAUGGAUCGGAUGGACCGAGCUAUUCACCGACAAUGGUCAUUGUCAUGAACAGGGGCAGAAGGUCGUUGCUUCAAAGUUUCUCGCUUGGCUCAAGGAAUGG